AUGAGCAUAGGAAGCAUGGAAAACCUAGAGGAAAUAUGGAAGAGAAAAAGGGAGGAAGGAAGUGAAGAGGGUACGCAAAAAGGAAAAGACGAUGAGGGGAAAAAACGAACAAGCGGAUGGAUGUUUAAAGAAAGCAAUGUGACGGAAAGAUCUCCAGAGAAGAAAAAGGAAAGGAGAGAAGGUGUUGGAGAAGUUGGCGAAAUAAAAGAGUUAAUAAAAGAUUUAGGAAGAGACCUGGGAGAGAAGAUGGAAAGGGUGGAAGAAAAUAUGAGGGACCUAAGAAAAGAAGUGAGAGAAGAAAUAGAGAAGUUAAAGGAAGAUUCGGUGAGAAGGGAGAAAAGGUGGGCAGAACAAAAGAGAGAAAUGGAAGGGAGGAUAGAAUUCCUGAUAAGAAAGAUUGAGGAAUUAGAAAAGGAGGGGGAAGGGGGGACAAAGUGGAGUGAGAUGGAAGAGAAAGUGCAUAAGACGGUACAGGAAGUGAUAGAAAAAAGAAAGGAGGAAAUAGGAGGUGAGAAAACGAAUGAGAAGCUGAGUGAGCUCGAAAAGAAAUGGGAGAGGAAGGAGAAAGAAGAGAGAAGGAGAAAUAUAAUAAUCAGAGUGACGAAAGUAAGAAGAGAGGUGAUGAAAGAGAAGGCGGAGGAGAUUUUAAAACUAACAGGUGUAGAAGACGCAAUAGAGGAGGUAAAAGAAUUAGGUGCGAGUGAAAAAGGAAAAGAAGUUAGCAUGAUGCUGCUAAAAAUAAAAUCAAAUGAACUGAAAAGGAGGAUAAUGGAAAACAAGAAGGCGCUAAAAGGAAGGGAAGACAGGAUAGAAGAGGACUUAACGUGGGCGGAGAGGAAGACACAAUGGACGUUAAGAAAAAUCGGAAGAGAAGAAAGAGAGAAAUGA